AUGAAUAACGUCACCAGGCAGCGGGCAUCCGUCGAUGUUCUAGGGAACAGACUCGUGCUAUUGAUGAGUCCGGUGGUCACUUGCAGCUCCGUGCAACACAGUCAUGGCGUAAUGAUUUCGAUUCCUGUAUCAAAAGACACAUACAAAGCCUACGGUUCUAUCAGGUUUACCGCUGAUAUGUUGGUGGGGGGAGGCUCAUAA